CAAAAUGGUCAUAGAGUGAGAUCUGUUGCACAACCCAUACGACCAACUAUUGAGACACACUUGUGAUCACUUGAUCACCAGUUGACUACAUAUCGCCACUGAGGUCAGUAUUAUCUCAUUCAUAGCCACUUCCCAUCAGCUCAUCAGCAAUGGACGAGUGGCUGAUGGCUUCUGGAGCAGUGGUGGCCGUCAGUUCUGUGGGACUUCUGAGCAUUUUGUUGAUCCCAAUCAUCCAACGCGACCAUCACAGCGAUGUCAUCCAACUGCUCGUGGGUCUGGCCAUCGGCACUCUCACAGGCGAUGCACUCCUACACCUUCUUCCACAUGCAUUCUCAUCCCAUUUGCAUCUGAAAGACUCACAUAAGGAGGACAAUGAGACCAGUGGUCACUCGUCUGCCGACGACCACCCGAGUGGUCAUCACUCAGAUCUGGUGUGGUUUGGGUUAAUGGCUCUUUUGGCUAUCAUUGCUUUUUUGGCCUUUGAAAGAGUGGUCACUAUUAUCACAGAUCUCUGCAACAAAUCUCAUAAGAAAUCGAAAAUGGACGGCUAUAACCGUUCGGUCGGCGAUAAGAUCUCCAAUCAUAACAUGACUUCUGAAGUGACUUCUCCUUCAGAACUCGAGAAAUUGAAUCUCAAUAACGAGUCGAAAGUGAAUCCCGAAGACAACAAACUGACGAAAGAGUCCAUUGAAGGCGAUUGUCUGAGCGCUAACCCCAGCACUGCUCAGCACGACAUCCAAAUGACAGAGCAGUGCCACAGAGAGACACGGGUUUACCCGCAUCCCGACCCCGACAGAGGGUUUGUCAUCGAGUUGACAGACCAUCACCACCACCAUCAGAGACAAACGCCUCGCAGCCAAUCAGUUAUCUAUACGGUUAUUACGGGCGACGGUCUCCACAACUUCUGUGACGGCAUCGCCAUUGGAGUGGCCUUUGCUGGCAGUGGUGUGGGUGGGGGUUUGAGUACAACUAUAGCCGUGUUAUGCCAUGAAUUACCCCAUGAAGUCGGAGACUUUGCUGUCCUUUUGAGAGCGGGUCUGUCUGUGAAGAGAGCCAUUAUUUACAACAUUUUGUCGGCCUUUCUAUGUUUCGUUGGUAUGUCUGUGGGAGUACUGGUCGGCCGUAUCAACGACGCGUGGCUCAGCGCAGCCAUCGCUGGCAUGUUUCUGUACAUCGCUUUAGUCGAUAUGAUCCCUCAACUGGACUGCUGUCCCACUCAGUCCGGAACGACACGAGCUUUUAAACUAACCGUUCAACUCAUCGGAAUCAGUAUAGGAGUGGCCAUAAUGUGUGUCAUUUCCAUAUACGAGGAAAGCAUUAAAUUUGAGUUUUAAUAACUGUUUUGCUGUGAUAUAUAUGAC